UUACUCUAUCUUAUUGUAGGGAAAUACUUGGCGGCUCAGUUGAAGAUGAGAAGAUAUGCUUUCUUUCAAGGGCAGCAGUUAAAAUUAUAUUUGAGGAGAUUUUGAAAAUGUUGGUUUUUUAUCUUAACACAUCUUCUUUUGACUGGGCUAGGCACUCAUGCUCCUUUUUGUUGUCAUUGGCAUCUCUGGAUUUGACAGUGUUCCGUAAGUCCUUUGUUGUUGAGAAUGUUGAAAUCGCUCAAUUUGCUUUUCAUGUACUUGAAGGCAGCUUCUUUUGCUUGAAAGUACUGGAUGAGGAUGGUACUUUGGUUUCUUCUAUUUUGGCAGCUCUAUUUAUUAUCGACUGGGAAUGUAGUAUGUCAUCAAUUUCUGAUGAUGACAAUAAGUCUAAGAAUUAUCAUGGAACAGAGCUUCAAAUAUUACCAGAUUCCCAAAUCGAUACAGAUGAUCAUUUAACUGAGAAGGUUGAUGCUAAGUGUGCUCUAACAAGUCGAGUGCAUGUGUUUUGUAACUCCUUGCUUACUCGUUUCUCGAGUAUUCUUAACAUGUGCAAUUUGUCUGAACUAAGAAAUAUAUUGAUUCAGGCCAUCAGGUCUAGUGUUUCUGAAACAGGUAAACUCAGUGCUGAUGUUAUUUCUUCUUUGUGCUCUACAUGGGUGAUUGAUCUGCUGGAAGUUACCUGUCAAGAUUAUAAUCAAUUACAAUUGAUGUUGGAUCAGUUGUUAUCUGAGGCUAAUUCUUGGCCAUUGUGGGUUGCUCCUCUUUUCCAAGGUGGAAAUAGAACUGCUACUCUUCAGUGUUCGAGAUCAAGUGCUGAAAUAAAUGAUUUAAGCCAUGGUAACUUUAUUUCUUUUGCUGACAAGCUGUUAUCAAACCUUGGUGUGCGAAAAGUUAUUGCUGGCUGUACCCAAGAAAUGCCAGUUGAGGGCGCUCCAAGUUCUCUUCAUUCUUACUCUCGGGUAUGGCUAGCUGCUGAAUUACUUUGUACAUGGAGUUGGAAAGGGGGGAAUGCCUUGAAUUCAUUAAUCAUGCCUUUAUCCAAGCAUGCAAAUGAUAUGAAAUCAUUGAGUGGAGUCAAUAUAAUUUCUUCUUUGGUCAACAUCCUAUUUGAUGGAGCUCUCAUCCAUGGUACCAAUAAUCACUGGAUUGUUUUCUGCUCUUGGAUCUCUUCAGAUGAUGGUGUUGAGAAUAUUGAAGACCCCUUCCUACGUGCUCUUGUUUGCUUGCUGCAUGCCUUCAUUCUUAAGGAUGAUAUAUGGGGAAGGCCUGAGACUGCUCAUUUCAUUCAACAUGUUCUUGACAAAAUUUUCCUUAAUGAUCAUGUAAAUAGAGCUUGUCUGAGGAUUCUUCCUUAUGUAUUGAGUUUUGUUGUUCGAUCAUUGGUAUUUCAAAGGACAGAAUUUGAUGUAUCCUCCAAAGAUGCUUCUCUGGAACCUUUUGAAUCUGUUGAACUGUAUGACAAUAUCAUAAUUUGGCUUGAAAAUGCUGCUGCAUUUCCACCUUUGCAUUUAUUGGAAACAGGAAAUAGCGAAGCUUUAGAAUGGAUUCAAGUUGUAUUGGCCUGCUAUCCUUUAAGUUUACAAGGAGGAAUUGGGAAACUGAAGGUUGUGGUUUUGAGAAAUAUUAGUGAAUCAGAGAAAAAAUUAUUGCUGAAUUUGAUCCGGAAGCAAAGAAGUGCCAAUGCCGCCGCAUCAACUGAAGAUGAUAUUUCUGCUGUGCCUUCAUCGUCUGCCUUAAGUUGUGUUUUUCCUAUGCAGGUAGAGUUGAUCAUUGCAAAGCUAACAGCCAUUACAGUUGCAUAUUGUCCGGAGGAGCUUGCAGAAGAGGAUUGGAGUUAUGCUAUGGCUAAAUUGCACAAAUGGUUAGAACCAUCAGUUUUGUUGAUGGAGGAAAUGGCUGAGAACGUAGAUGAUGCUUUGACGACCUACACCACUCAUGAUAUGGAAGUCAUUUUAAAGAAGCUUAAAAAUGCUGUGCAGCCUUUUGAUCCUUUAUUAGCGAGUCUUUCUGCUACUUCUUUAGUAACAUUCUUUCUCAUUUCUGAACUCGUUGAACUUCAAAAAGCUGAUCGUGUUGAAGUUUUGCAAAAUAUAGAUCAUGGAAACUGGCUCCAUGUUAAAGAUCAAAUUAUGCAAAAUGUUCUCCGUUUAUUUUUCACCACUGGUGUUGUUGAGGCUAUUGUAAAGUCAUGUGGCGAAGAGGCUUCAUCAACAAUUGCAUCAAGUAGGCUAGAUUAUUCUCUUUUUUGGUCUUUAGUUGCAUCAUCUGUUAUGAAUACACCGGAACAUGUUAGAAAUAAAGCAGUGGAGUCAAUGGAACGUUGGGGUCUUAGCAAAGGACCAAUAAGCUCUUUGUACGCAAUUCUUUUUUCUUCAAAAUCAUUCCCUUCUCUGCAACUAGCUGCUUAUAAUUUUCUAUCAACCAAGCCCAUUAUUCAUCUAUCAAUUUUGAAAGAAUACUUCCCAGAAAGCAAUGGCAUAACCAAUCAGGAGCCCUCUUUUUUCAACACUAUGGAUAGAAUUUCAGAACAAUCCUUAUGUUUAAGAGAUGAAAUCUCUUCCUUCAUUCUGAAACCUGCUGAACUUUCUGAAAUGGCAUUGACAGGCCAUGAUAGGGUAAAUGUUUUUCUCUCAUGGGCUUUAUUGCUCACUCACUUGCAUUCACUGCCAUCUUCUUCCACAACAAGGGAAAGAUUAGUUCAAUUUAUACAAGAUUCUGUUAAUUCAACAAUACUGGACUAUUUAUUCCAACAUAUCCCCUUGAAGGCAAUCGGGACCAGCCUAAAGAAGAAAGAGACGGAGCUUUCUGGGGAUGCAUUACAGGCUGCAAAUUCUGCUAGGCAUGCAAUAAGUACUGGCUUUUUUUUGUUAUUCAUGGAGUCACUUUGGCCUGUCGAAACUGAACAUAUGGCUUCCCUUGCUGGUUCAAUAUAUGGAAUGAUGGUCCAGCUCCUACCUUCUUAUGUGCGUAAUUGGUUUACCAGCUUGCGUGACCGUUCUAUGUCAUCUGCAAUUGAGUUCUUCACAAAGGUUUGGUGCAGUCCUUGUCUCCUCUCAGAUGAAUUAUCUCAGGUCAAAGAAACUGUUCUAGCAGAUGAAAACUUCUCCCUCAGUGUAAAUAAAUCUGCAUACGAGAUAGUUGCUACAUAUAAAAAGGAGGAGACUGGAAUGGAUCUGGUGAUACGGCUGCCAAGUUGUUACCCUUUGCGGCCUGUGGAUGUUGAGUGUACUAGGAGUCUGGGCAUAAUUGAAGUAAAGCAGAGGAAAUGGCUACUGUCAUUGACUGCAUUUGUCCGCAAUCAGAAUGGUGCUAUUGCUGAGGCCAUACGCAUAUGGAAGAGUAAUUUUGACAAGGAAUUUGAUGGAGUUGAGGAGUGUCCAAUUUGUUACAGCAUCAUACAUACCACCAAUCAUAGCCUUCCACGUCUAGCUUGCAAGACCUGCAAACACAAGUUCCAUUCUGCUUGCCUGUACAAGUGGUUCUCAUCCUCUCACAAAUCAACUUGUCCAUUGUGCCAGACUCCAUUUUGAUAUUUGAACUGUGUUUUCUUGAUUGGGAAAAGAUUUUAUUAAGAUAUCCUGAUUAAAAUUUUUGAUCAAGAUGAAUUUCAAAUUUUUGAAUCUAUUUUGAGAUAAGCAGAAUACAUUAAUAAUUAAUAUUACAUUAAUCUUAAAAUAAUUUCAAGGUGCUUGAGAUUCAUCCUAAUUAUUUUAGUCAGGAUAUAAUUUUCUCCUCCAUGAAUAUUUGUAUAUAGAAAGGGUUAACCUCAAUCUUUGAUCUUAAACUUUAUACGUGUUAGCUGAUGUUUUGAAGUGAAGCCAAGAAUAUAGCCAAUUGCUACACAAAUCUUUUUAAAAUGAACUACAUAUAAAAACUCAAAAAACACAUCUUUAUAUCUUAAUCAAUGACAUUUUGGGUCUACAGCUUCACAUCA